AUGAAAUGGACUGCGACCAUCAUCGUCCAAACAAAGUGGGUCACCACCGUUUGUCAAAAGUAAUUCAAGAACUUUAACUCUACCCCAUGCUGCUGCCACAUGAACUGGAGUUAAUCCAUCAACUGACCUAUAAAAUGAAUUGGAAUCGCAAUAUUUUAAUUUCAUGUCUUAUAUGAAAUUUCUCAAUUAUCUUUUGAAAUGUAAAAUUAAUUGUCUCUUAAUUAUCUUAAUUACUUUAAUCUUAUUUUAAUUAAUUACCUGACAUUUGGAUUACCGCCAUGACGUAAAAAUAAUUUAGUGACUUCCUCAGUAAAAGCUUCAGAGUCAUUACCUAUUACUAAAUGGAACGGAGUCACUCCAUAUGUAGGAAUUAAUGUGUUAGGAUUUGCGUCAUUGUUCAAAAGCAAUGUGGUUACUUGGCUAUUAAAAGAUUAAUGAUAAUUUUGUAAGUUUAAAAAAUAUUUGUAUACUAAUAACAGAUAAUUUAAAAAAAUGUUGGUUGAACAUUAAAUGAUAACAUUCAAAUGUAAGCAAGCUCUUACUUUAUAUUGUUAUCUUCUAGACCAUCACAAAGAGAAGAAGCCAAAAAAAGACAUCCUUUUUCUUUCAGAAUUGACAUUUUAUUCAAAUUGAAAUUGGCUAUUUUACCACUAUCUUAAUUAUCUUAAUUAUCAAGAAUUUUUGGACCUGUUGAAUAAAAGAAUAACACAUUUGUUUAUCUUGCAAAUAAAAAUUAUCAACAUAUUACAUAAACAAGAUUUUAAAAUUUAAAUAUUUAUUUAUUGAAUAAUUAAGAGGAGUACUUAAUAACAAAUAUUUCAGAAGUUAAUGCUGCAUAAAUUAUGUUACAUAAUUGAUAUUAAUAAAUAAUUGCUAAUACUAAAAUUUAAUAUUUAUUUAAUGUUUAUUUUUGAUACUAAUUAACUUUGUUAUUGAAUUGAAAUUUUGUUAUGAAAUUAAAAUGAACACAAUAUAUUUGACAUAUAAAACAAUAAAAAAAGCUUGCAAACGCACUGCUAAGUAUUUUUUGUAAUAAAUAACAAAAUCAUCAUUUUUGAUAACUGUAAACAAAUAACAUUAUUACUGUAACUAAAUUUUUAAACGCGCAUUAAGUAAUUGAAAACUAAAAUAAAACAUAAAACAAUUAGUUAUUUCACUGAAAAGUUGUGUCCUCUACAUUAAUUUUUACUACAAAUGUUUUUAUAUUAUAUAUUUUAUUAUAAAAAUAUGAAAUCAAACAUUCAAGCAGAUCAUCUUCUUUAUCCACUGUGAAGUUGCAUGCAAGUAUUUCUAUUGACUGCAUCUGUUUAAAUUUUGUUUAUCAUUAGUUUUACUUACGAUAACCUAAUUAAUAACAAUCUCUCAAUACUUUUUAGUAAAUAUUAUAAUACUUGACUAAAACAAUAUUUACAAUUUCCUAUUAACGUUUGUUAACAUUUUGUAGUGUUGCAUUAUAUAUAUAUAUAUAUAUAUAAUAUACUUGUGAUCAAAGAAGCACAGAUACAGGUUAGGUGUACAUUUUAUCAUGAAAUAUAUAUAUAUAUAUAUAUAUAUAUAUGCACUAUAUUAAAGCAUCAGAAAAUAAUUAUUCACGAUUGUUUUAUGAUGUCGAUAUUUUACUGAACUAAUAAUAUUUAAUUGCAGCUAUCAUGUUACCGCCCACUGCAACAAUAAUUAAAGUUACAAAUGUUUUAACUCCAUACAUCAUAAGGAUUUACGAAGUAAAACAGUAUAAUGAGAGAUUAAAUUCUAUUAAUAAGAAAUUAUUAAAAGAAGAGAAAAUGCUUAAAAGUGUUGAAGAAUGUAUAGAACCAAAAAUAGGAGAUACAGUCAUAGUACGUAAUAAACUAGAUAUGAUAACUGAUUGUCCCGGUUGGUUAUGCAGAGGAUAUAUUAACAAUAAAAUUCAAAAGAAUGCGUAUAAUAUUUUUUUACCUGAUUAUGGAAUUUCUGUGAUACUACAAAAAGAAGAUUUUAUUACGUGUUCGUCCGAUGUGAUUUCGGAAGAAUAUUUAAGCUUCACAGUUGGUUUAUAUAAUGUUUUACCUGUGAAUGUAAAACAUAAUUCAUCUGUGUACAAUGAAACUCUAACAAUUUUAAAGGAUUGGAGUACAUCUGCAGUUGAAUAUAUGAAAGAAUUAAUAAGCGCGUCUGAUGUAAUCUAUUUUGAUUAUUUAGCGUCUGAUCAGUAUAAAAAAUACUAUGGUGAAUUUUAUCUCAGUAUAAAGAACAAUGUGAUACGUUUAAGUGAAGCUUUAGUUCUAAAUUAUCAUGCUAUUUAUUUAAAUGAUGAAUUGUUGCAGUUUAUAGAAAAUCCUAUGAAUAAUGAAAAGCUAGAUAAGGAAGUAAUCAAUGAUGAAACUGUAUUUUAUUUAAAUGUUUCAAAAGUGUUGGAUAGUACUAAUAAAGGGAAAGAACAAGAAGAAAGUCUUGCAAGAAAAAUAGAAUUCAAAAAAGAUAAUCAUUUACAUCAUGAAGUUGAAAGAGCUAAGGAAAAAGUAUUAAUUUAUGGAAUAGAUAAAUACGAAUGCUUAAAUUCUACUUUAGAUGCACAAUUUCCUGCAGAAAUACACAAGGCUUGGAAAUCAUUAAUACAUUCAUCUGAACCAAGAAAAAUACAGUCAUAUAUAUGGCCUGCUAUAAAGAAAGGUUUAGGUGUAAUAGCAGUCGGAACACCAAAAUGUGGUAAAACUGUUGGAUAUGUAUUUGCUCUUUGUGGACUUUUGGCUACAAAUUCAAAUCUUCCUCAGGGAAUAAAUCCAUCUGCACUAGUAUUAUGUUCUUCCUCACUUGAAGUACUAGAAGUCAAUUUCUUAUGUACAGAAUUUUUACAAAAUUAUAAUAUGAUAAAAUCUGUUGCUGCAAUUAAUGGAAAACCAGAAAGAUCAUUAGUGGCUGAAAUGUUUAAUGGAUGUCAGAUACUAAUUUCUACACCAAGAUUUUUAACACGUUUUAUGAAUAAAAAUAAAAAAUUGAUGAAUUUUAAAAAUCUUCGUUAUUUAAUCUUGGAUGGUGGUGAUAUUAUCUUGGAUAAAUAUUUUGAUUCUGUGAGCCAAUUAUUUAAACGACAUGAUGUUAUUUGUAAUAGAGAAUCAAAAAAUAAGACGUUGCAAAUUAUAAUAACUGCAACACAUUGGACAUCGCAUUUAAAAAGAAUUGCUUCUAUCUUAAUAGAAAAUCCAUACAUAUGUAUAGCAUCUUUUAUUGAAGCUGCAAUAUUUAAAUCUGUACAUCUACAGCUACAUGUAAUAAAUUCAAAAGAAAAACGUAAAAAACUCCUAGAUUUAUUAGGUAACGAAUAUUCCACUUUGCGAACUAUAGUAAUUUGUACAAAUAAUGAUGAAGCUAAAGAAUUAUCCGACUUCUUAGAAAAAUAUAAAAAAACUUUUUUAAUUCAUGGGGAUAUGAAUUUCGUUUACUUGCAACGUAUUAAACAAUAUUGGAAUAUUUGUACAAAUGGUUCUUAUCCAAUUUUAGUAUGUACAGAUAAUGUAUUAUCAGAUAUAGGUGUUACAAACAUAACUUGGUUGAUACAUUAUUCAAUUCCUUUGCAUUCAAAGACUCUAUUUAAUUUUCGGUUUUCAACACUUUUAGAAAAUUUAGAAAUGAAAAAUAACAAUUGCAAAGUGACUAUAAUAAUGGAUGAAAAUAAUGAUAUACAGUUUUUACAUAUAAUUAAAAUAAUGCAGCGUAUGAACGUUGAUGUUCCCGAAAAUGUAUUAGAAAAUGUUAAGUUCGUAACAGCUGCUUUAGAAAAAAAAAAAAAAAAUUAUCCUAUUUGUGAUAAUAUAAAGUCUUGGGGAUUUUGUAACAAGCAAAUUUCUUGUGCGUUUAGACAUAAGAUAAUUUUAGAAGUUGAUACACCACUUACAAGCAUUCGAAUAAAUGACAAGGUAAAAUUCAGAGUAGUAAGCAUACACGAUGUUGCACAUGUUUCUGCUAGAAUUAUAUCGUACAUUAAGUUUGAUACAUUGGAAGAAAUUGAAUUUUCUAAUAUUGAGUACCUGCGAAAUAACACAAAAAUUCAAGGAUUCUAUCGUUGCGCAGAAAACAGGAAGAGAUGCGAAAUGCUAGAUGUAGGAUAUAUAUGUGGUUUAGAAGAGCCAGUAGAUACCUUUAAAAGAGUACAAAUUUUACAUAUUGAGAGAGAAAAUAAAACAGGGAAUCCAAAAUACGUAAAUGUAAAAUGUAUUGACAAUGGAAUAAUUUUGAACAAAGUAGAAGUAUAUAGAUUGUUAUAUAUGCCAGAAGAGCUUAUAAAAUAUCCUAUUCAAGUGAUGGAAGUAUUUUUAACUGGUAUAGCUCCACAUGAUAAUGAAUAUGUUUGGAAUAAUUGUGCAAUUAAUGCUGUGCAUCAGUGGUUUAAAGAAAAUGUUGAUGACAAAUCUUAUGUAAUUGGAACGGUAAAUUUACAUUUGGGAAAUACAAUGUGGGUAAAUACCUUGAAUGUUGGAACAAAAUUAAUUGGAUAUAAAGAUUUAAUUGGUUCAAAUCUAAGAACAGAAUUAUUGCUGAAAGAUCAUGUUAUUGAGAAUAAUGAACAUUUAAAUCAAAUGUAUCAACUUUGUAGAGAUGCUGGUUUUCUGAAGGUGAAUGAAUAUGAUUUAAACUUUUAAAUGAAAUUUUGAAAAUAAUUAAUAAAAUUUUUGUAUCAUUCUUUUUUUUAAUAUAUUAAAUAUCGAAAAAGAAAUAACAAAUGUUUUAAAUAUUUAUUACACAUGUAUACAUAAUCUACAUAUAAGCACGCGUAUAUAUCAUCGAUCGAUUAUUACAAUAUUUAGUAAGACAUUUAAGAAUUUCGUUAAAUUAAUUUACUAUUUAAAAAUAAAAUAAGAAAAAGCAAUUUAUAUGGAGAUCUUUCCGAAUAUAUUGUCUAAUUAUUAACGAAAUUUUUGGAGCAUUUAUCAAUACGACUAUAAUUGCUUUAGAGAACUAAAACAAGAAAUUGUCUAUAGGAAUAAACAAUUAUCUAUCUAUCUGUUUAUCUAUCUAGCAAUUAUAAUUGUACAUGAUUUAAUCAAUUUUGUAAGCUAGCAAAGUUUUAUUAAUAAGUAAUGUAUCUUAAAAAUUCAGUUAUUCAGUAUAAAAUGUUUGUAUGAACCAUAAUUAUUUUUAAAAUUUAUACAAUAGUCAGGUACUCAGAAGCAAGUUGCAUUGGAUCCACGUGAUAAGAAGUAA